AUGCCAAAUCGAAAUUUACGGUCCAAACGGUCGGGCAAAUCUGGUACAGUGGCCAGUAAACAAAAAACAAAUAAGGGUGUGCGAAAGGUGGUCACGGAAGAUCCGGAGGAGUCCCAUCCCGGACGAACAUGUCAGGUGUGUCGCGAGGAAGAUACUGACGAGAUGGUGAGGUGUGACGAUUGUUUGAAAUGGCAUCAUUUCCAAUGCGUCGGUGUCACGCAGGAGGUCGAGAAUUUUCCCUGGAGUUGUACCAAAUGCGAAACAGCAAAAGGAGUCCAGGAUACAAGUUCGGUUAACAGCGUUCAUCUUCACAUAAACAACGACUCGUCGAAGCAAUCAUUCGUGCCCAUGAUAAAAGGGUGCCCUCAAGCAAUACUUCCCGAGCAGCAGCAGCAGCACCCUUCGGAGGAAGGUAAAUUAAUAAAAGCUGCAUCAGUUCGUCCAGCCGCGACAGUCGAACAGGACCAUAAGAACAACAUGAACUCAGCUGCGUCCGUAACAACUGUUCAGUGGGUGGUGUCCAGGAAUAAUGCCCGUUGUAAAAACACAGCAAAGGCGCCAUCCACCGCGUCCAACAGUUCAUCACAAGCUCUUGCAAGACUGCAGUUACAAAGAUUGGAGGAUUUAAGAAAAGUUGAACGACGUGAGGCUGAGCAGCAACGAGCGAUCGCAGCGGAAGAAGCGAGGAAGGAAAGGGCAUUUCUGGAACAAAAAUAUCAACUGCUUGAGCAAGCCAUAAGCGAAAGCGGUUCAGUCGAAAGUGUUUCGGAAAACAGGGUGAAGAAUUGGUUGGCAAAUCCGAGCGAGUAUCAAGCGUACUCUUUAGAUCCGGAAGUUGAUGUUCGAUCCGAUGCUAACAGACGUUCUACCAGUGUACAACAGAGAGGUUCACUAAGUGCGCAGAUUGACAGCAACCAUUCGACACUGUCAGAACCUAAUCCUCCGGAACCGUUCCCAGAGCCAGGUUCCUUAUCAACGUUGUCUGUAGACCAAGAUGGUGCGUCAAAUCAGACAUUCAAAGUAAAUCGCGGUCUGAUUCCAAAUGAUACACAAAGGAAUUCUAGCUUAGGACCUCCACGCAGGGUUUCUAUUACACAACUUCCACGAUCGUAUGCAAAUACAAAAUCCUUACCACCUGCUCAGGGGUUGAACUCAACGCAACCGAGAUUGAGUCUACGGUGCGACCAGCCUACAUUAGAUUUUGUACCACGGCAUUCCGUACCUAUUCCAGAUCGUCGGUCACGAUUCGCUCCCAACCAGGAGUAUUUAAGUGGAUUAAAUUAUCCGCAAGCUAAGCAACGAAACCAACCACAUUCUUCAACUAUGCGGGCCAGUGGCAUUUACGAUCACGAGCAAGAUGAUUGGGAUCCAUUUUCGAUUUCCCGAAAUCACCUAGCCGCUCGUCAAGCUAUUUCGAAGGAUCUGCCAACGUUCUCUGGGAACCCCGAAGAAUGGCCUCUCUUUUUGUCAACCUUUAACAGUACGACAGCAAUGUGUGGUUUCACUAAUGAAGAAAACAUCGUCCGUUUGCAACGGAGUCUGAAGGGCCGUGCUUUUGAGGCAGUCAAGUGCAGACUAAUGCACCCGUCCAACGUAAACGGGGUGCUCUCAACACUCAAGAUGUUGUUUGGACAACCGGAAGUGAUUGUAAAUUCGAUGAUAUCAAAGAUUGCCGCUCUACCUGCGUUGAAAGAGGAUAAAUUAGAAACUCUUGUGGACUUCGCCGUCAGUGUAGAAAAUUUUUGUGCGACAGUGGAUGCGUGUGGGCUUGAAGAAUACUUUUAUAACGUAACUUUUCUUCAUCAACUCGUCAGUAAGCUGCCAUCGUCAAUAAAGCUCAACUGGGCACAAUACAGGCAAUCACUUCCGACGGUUAAUCUGCCAUCCUUCAGCAACUGGCUGUACUCUUUGGCAGAAGCCGCUAGCGCUGUCACCUUCCCAAGCAUCGCUUUCGAAGACAAGCCAGCUCGAAGUGAGUCACGUACUACUAGGAAAGGGAAUUCAUACGUUAACGCACAUUCUCAGGAACCCCCUGUGUAUCAUCGGUCGACAGGGCCAUCCAACGCGAAGGUGGUAGCCGACUGCUGCCCAGUAUGCAAGGGAAACUGCAAAUCGAUCGCCAAAUGUAAGCGUUUCUUAGAGUUUUCUCGUGAUUCACGCUGGGCAACCGUUCGAGACUUAGGGCUUUGUCGCAGAUGUCUACGUCAACACAAAGGAGGAUGUCAAGCCAAGUUAUGCGGAAGAAAUGGUUGCCAGCUCAAACACCACGAAAUGCUGCACAAUGACCAGAAGUGUGCACCAUCGACUUCGACCGCCACUGCGAGUGUCAUAAACACAACUUUAUCAACUCCACGCAACGAUUCUUCUCCACCAAAAUCUAGUUCAUCUGAGCACGGAUGCCAUGCACAUCAGGUCCCCUCUAGUAAGGUUUUGUUCCGAUACAUACCAGUCGUGCUUCAUGGGAAGCAUAGGUCGAUUCAGACGUUCGCCUUCCUGGAUGACGGAUCGGAACUCACAUUACUCGACAGCGAAUUGGCAGAUGAGUUGCAGCUUGAAGGGGAAACAAUGCCGUUAUGCUUACUUUGGACGAGCGGAACGAAACGUCGUGAAGAAUGUUCGAGGAACGUUAGGCUAGAAGUGGCCGCAGAACGCAACCGUUCUAGGAAGUACAGUCUGAAUGGGGUACGUACUGUGAAGGAGCUGCUUCUUCCACCACAAACACUAAACAUGGAAGAACUAUGUGAACAGUAUCCACAUCUCAGGGAUCUGCCGAUCACAUCAUAUCAAAAUGUUCGCCCAAGGAUUAUGAUCGGAAUCAAGGAUCAACACCUGAGUUUAGUUCAGAAGAGUCGCGAAGGAGCCCUACACCAGCCCGUCGCUGUGAAAACUCGUCUGGGAUGGACAGUGUGCGGAGGAAAUCUAGAAAAUACUGCAGACCUCGUUCACCCAGUUUUCCACGUAUGCGAUCACGAAUCUUCGUCAGAAUUGGACCUACACAAAGCAAUGAAGGAGUAUUUUACAAUAGAAAGCUUUGGCGCAUCACAGCCAAAGAAAAUGCUUCUCUCCACUGAAGAAGAGCGCGCUCAGUCCCUGCUUCAAACCCACACGGUUUUCAAGGGAAACCGAUACGAAACCGGCCUCUUGUGGCGCUACGAGAAUGUUCGUCUGCCAGAUAGCCACUUCAUGGCUUUGCGACGUCUGCAGUGCCUCAAAAAGCGAAUGGACAAGGACCCAAGACUUGCUGAAGCUCUGAACCAGAAAAUCACAGAUCUUGCUACAAAGGGAUACGCUAGGAAGCUCACAAAUGAAGAGCUGAAUCAAUCGUUUUCACGUGUUUGGUAUUUGCCGAUAUUUCCGGUUACAAAUAUCAACAAACCUGGAAAAAUUCGGAUGGUAUGGGAUGCGGCCGCAUUUGCCCACGGAGUAUCCCUUAAUUCAGUCUUGUUGAAGGGCCCUGAUCAACUUUGUGAUCUGUUCAACAUACUGGUUCGAUUCCGUGAAGGCCGGAUCGCCCUCACUGGUGACGUUCGGGAUAUGUUCCUGCAAAUACGCAUGCGAUCCGAAGAUCAACAAUGCCAACGUUUCCUCUGGUACGAUGAAAGUGGAAACAUCGUCGUCUACGUUCUUCAGGUGAUGACGUUUGGAGCUUGCUGCUCUCCUAGCAGUGCUCAGUUUGUGAAAAAUCUCAAUGCUGAACGCUUCAAAGCAGAAUACCCAGCGGCAGUCGAAGUGAUCCAGAAGCGCCACUACGUCGACGAUAUGUUGGUCAGCGUUGCGACACCACAAGAGGCGAUCAAGCUUGCGCGUCAAGUGAAACAAGUACAUGCUGAGGGCGGAUUCGAGAUCCGCAAUUGGAUAAGCAACUCAAAACAGGUCAUGCAGGCAUUGAAAGAGGAACGAACAGAGGAAAAGAACCUUGAUCUGUCGCCAGAACUAUCUACAGAAAAAGUGCUUGGGAUGUGGUGGUGCACUAGCUCGGACACAUUCACCUACAAAGUCGGAUGGAAUCGCUACGGUCGAGCGUUGUUAGGAGGUCAACUGCGUCCGACGAAAAGACAAAUGCUGCGCGUUCUGAUGUCCAUGUUUGAUCCGCUUGGAUUGAUAGCCCAUUUUCUCAUGUACCUGAAAGUUCUUCUUCAAGAUGUUUGGCGCUCAGGGAUCGACUGGGACGACCAAAUAAAUGAUGCUCUCUUCGAGAAAUGGCAAACGUGGCUUCAAGUUCUCCCAGAAGUCGAACGAAUCAGCAUUCCGCGGUGCUUUUUAAGCCAGACCACUUCUGCUGGUUAUGAUGUCCAGCUGCAAACGUUCGUAGACGCAGGAGAUAACGGAAUUGCUGCAGCCUGCUACCUACGUUUUGCUCAACACGGCUUCGUUGAAUGCAGAUUAGUUGCCGCAAAGACUAGAGUUGCACCAUUGAAAUACCUUUCAACUCCUAAACUAGAGCUUCAAGCAGCAUUAGUAGGUGCUCGACUCGCCCGGACGGUUGCCGAAACCCUCGCGUUCAAAAUCUCUCGAAAAGUUUUCUGGUCAGAUUCACAGGACGUGCUUUGCUGGAUCCAAUCAGACCAUCGCCGUUAUUCGCCGUUUGUUGCAGUUCGAGUAAGCGAGAUCCUUGAAACGACUGAGAUGAGUGAAUGGAGGUACGUCCCCACUGAAUUGAACGUGGCAGAUGAUGGGACAAAAUGGAACGGAGUUCCGGAUCUGACGGAUCAAUCAAGGUGGUUCAACAGUCCAAAAUUUGUGUAUCUGUCGGAGGAAUACUGGCCACAUCCAUUUAAGAGGCUGAAAACUACAGAGCUAGAACUGCGCCCGAGCGUGUUAGCACAUUUCGUCGCAGGUGAGCCACCGAUACAAGUGAAAGAUUUCUCUACCUGGAAUCGGUUAGUUAAGGUCGUCGCUUUGGUUAAACGAUUUCCGAAUAACUGCAAACUGAAGCACCAGAAGAAACCGAUCGUCAGUGGACCUCUCUCUAAUAAAGAAUUAUUAUCUGCCACAUCUUACAUAAUUCGCCAAGCACAACAGGAAUCAUAUCCUGAUGAAAUGGCGUUGCUUCAACAUACGCAGAAGAAUCCGGAACAAUUUCCAACACCGAUUCCUAAGACAAGUCCAAUUCAUCAAAAAUCACCAUGGCUGGACCAGUACGCGAUAUUGAGGAUGCGCGGGCGCAUCGCUGCCUGUGACUACGCUACCGAAGAUGCAAAGCACCCGAUAAUACUUUCCCGUGACCACCAUACCACCAAAUUGAUUAUUGCACACUACCACCAAAAGUACCACCAUCAGAAUCAUGAGACCGUAAUCAACGAAAUUCGACAGAAAUACAGCAUUCCAAAACUUCGCAUGGCCUACGCCAAGGUAAGAAAAGAAUGCCAGCACUGUAUGAAUGACCGAAUCGCUCCACGAGUGCCAAUCAUGGCCGAUCUGCCAGCCGCACGACUGGAUGCCUUCACACGCCCCUUUACGCACGUCGGCGUUGAUUAUUUCGGGCCGUACGAGAUUGUUAUUGGUCGACGGACAGAGAAGCGUUGGGGAAUGCUCGCCACCUGCCUCACAGUUCGUGCGAUCCACAUCGAGGUUGUCAGCUCGCUCAACACAGAUUCGUGCAUCAUGGCUCUCCAAAAUUUUGUCUCACGGAGGGGUAAGCCAAGAGUUUUCUACAGCGACCGCGGGACCAAUUUUAUCGGCGCAAGGCGUGUUAUCAAGGAAGCAGAGGAUAUUAUUAACCAAGAAGACCUGAUGAAAGAGUUUUGCGAUGUCGAAACCAGUUGGGUGUUCUUGCCACCCUCUGCACCGCAUAUGGGUGGUAGCUGGGAGCGCUUGAUCGGAUGCGUCAAGAAAAACUUGAUGAUGACCUUACAUGCACGCAAGUUGACGGACGAGGUUCUACGAAACCUAUUGACAGAGGUCGAAAACACUGUCAACUCUCGACCUUUGACUCAUGUUCCAGUUGACGAUGAUUCAGCUCCUGCCUUAACGCCGAACCACUUCCUGCUCGGGUCAUCUAAUGGGGUGAAACCAUUGAGCGCUAUGGACGAUACCGGCAGUGUACUUCGCCAGAGCUGGCGACUAUCCCAGGUCCAAGCCAAUCGAUUCUGGAACCGCUGGGUUACUGACUACCUGCCCGAGAUUACCCGCCGCACAAAGUGGUUUAGCCAUACGAAACCGAUCGAGAUCGACGAUGUGGUGGUGAUUGUGGACCCAAAAUCACCAAGGAAUUGCUGGCCGAGAGGCAGAAUAAUUGGUACGCAACCAGGACGAGACGGCCGACCGAGAUCAGCGACUGUGAAAACUACGACUAGUAUUUACGAGCGACCGGUAGCCAAGUUAGCCGUGCUAGACGUGCGGUGCGGUGACGGGUAA